AUGUGGGCCGCAGUUGCCCUCGUCGGCGCUACCAUCUUGAUCGCCUCGCAGUCCGCAUUCAAGAGUCGAGGCAGCUUGCCUGCUGCGCCAGGACCUAACCGCACCCCCUUCUUCGGCAACGCUUUGCAAAUCGACAAUAAGCACCCCGUCGUGCAAUUCAAAGAUUGGGCUACCCAGUACGGCCCUGUCAUGUCGCUCCGCGUAUUUAGUCAAGAUAUUGUAGUCAUAAAUUCCGAUCAGGCGGCAAAAGACCUGCUAGACGCCAAGGGUUCCAUCUACAGCUCGCGCGCGCCGCCUUACUUUGGCUACAAUCUCAUGUCCAAGAGCAAACGCAUGGUCUUUCAUCCGUACGGUGAUGAGUGGCGCAAGGCGCGCAAGAUCAUGCACCGCCUCCUAGCGCCCACAGCGAUGUCCACGCAAGGCACAUCGCAGGAGCUAGAAUCUCGCCAGAUGCUCAAAGAGCUCAUGGACGGUGGGUCGCCCAAACAGAUCCUCGCUUCCAAGGAACGCGGCGUGUCCAACACGUGGCACUUUUUCGACAGUUUCAAGCGCUUCAGCUCAUCCAGUAUCAUGACGCUCUGCUACGGUCAUCGCUUCGUCAGCUCUUGCGACCCCACGAUCGUAGAGAUCUUCGAGGCGAUGGACACGCUAUCCCUCAAAUGUCAACCGGGCGCGUACCUGGUCGAUGCGCUACCCAUCCUGCGCAAAUUGCCCACCGCUCUGCAGCCUUGGGUGAGAGAGGCGAAAGAGCUCCACGAACAAGAGUGGAAGACGUGGGGCAGAUUGUUAGACCGAUGCAAGAAGGAGGUCAUGGAUGGCACAGCUCGCGAGUGCUUCAUCGGCGAUCUUUUGCGCGAAGGGGCAGCGCUCGAAACGGAGAAGGAGAGACAAGAGGCGCAAUUGACGGAUCUCGACAUUGGGUAUGCGGCUUGUGCUCUGCUCGAGGCUGGCUCGGACACUACAGCCAGCACAAUCGCGAGCGCGUGCCUGGCAAUGAUUCUACAUCCCAACGUACUUGCCAAGGCCCACGCCGAGCUGGAUCGCGUGGUCGGUUCGGAUCGCUUGCCAGCGCUAGAAGAUGAGGAGCAUCUGCCGUACGUACGGGCAUGCAUUAAGGAGACGCUCCGAUGGAGACCUCCAACCGUCAUGGGUGUUCCCCACGCGGUCGUGCAGGACGACGUCUACAACGGCUUCCAUAUACCCAAAGACGCCAUGAUCAUCGACAACAUCUACGCCAUGUCGCAUGAUCCCAAGCGUUUCGCCAAUCCAGAAGUGUAUGACCCGGAGCGUUUCCAUCUCUCGCACCCGGGCACGGCGGCCGAGUAUGCAGGAAAACGCAACGUCAAGGAGAGGGACCAUUUCGCCUACGGCCAUGGGCGGCGCAUUUGCGCAGGCAUUCACAUGGCUGAAAAGAGUCUGUACAUGGCCAUCACCCGCAUCCUCUGGGCCUUUGAUAUUGCCCGUGCAGACGGAGCAGACGAGAUUCGCGCGGACCCGCACGAUGAACGUUACACCGACGGCUUUGUCAGCUUUCCGAACCACUUUGGGGCCAAGUUUACCAUUCGCGACGACACCCGGAGGGCAACGAUAGAGAACGAGUUCAAGAACGCCAUUGUCACGUGGGAGAGCGAAGGUCUCGAGGCGGUCUCUUAG